GUGCUGCAGCAGCCUCUUCAUGUUUUGUUUUUAUAAUGUAUUCAAUUUCUGGAUAGUGGUUGAAACCUACUGGUCUAUCCAUACCUUAUAAGACUUGUUAAUAAUUCGUUUGCUAAAUAUUAAUUUUGAUAAACAUGACAGCGAUACGACAUGCUUUACAGAAGAAUUUGUUCGACCCGACUAACGAAAAACUUUUAUCGGUUUGUCAUGUCAGUAAACAAUCGAAAAAGAAGAAAACAUCCUUUCUCUGUAUAGUCUCAAGCGUCAAGCCCCCGAUUACGAUAAGUGUCUGUCAAGUGAAACAAACUGAAAAGAAUACAUUUAAAAAAAAGUUGUCUUGGCUGCUGAGUGAAGUCAAAAUCAUAGAUGGAAAGAGCUUAUUGUUGGAUAUGCAAGAAUUCGACUUAACCAUUGACAAGCAAUAUUGUUGGUUGGCAUCUAGUUUACAAGAACGUCAGAAUUUUCUUAUGACAUUAUGGAAGCAGUGCAAUAAACAUCUACUAAAAGAAAAACCUGUAUUUAAAAAUAUCCCACAGAAAUGGCUCGAUGAAGCUUUAUUAACUCCAAGUCGUUCAAAUGUAGAUAAUUCUUUUAAUGGAGAUUCCAGAAAUUGUGAUGAAAUGGAAGAUGAUAUCAUAGAAGCUGAUGAAUUUCAACCCUUAACGGAAAGAGAAGAAAUCGAUUUGCAGAAGGUUAUCUCAGGAUGUGAUUUUGCUAUCAGCAAUGCGGAAGUAUUCAUGGAGCAACUAGGAAAAGAUUUAUCAAUUUUAGAUGGAGAAAAUAUUCAAAAUAUAUUAGCAUCCGAAACACAAGUUGAUGCACUUAUGCUGCAAAUAGAAAAAGGUAUAGAAGAAGCUGAAAAGUUGGAAGUCAGAUUGAAUGACUAUGAUGAAAUUUUAUGUCACAUUAGGGAUACUAUGGAAAAAAUGGAAGAGAAAAAUACAAUGAUUGAAAUAGCCAAUAAAAACAACUUGAAAUUAAAAACAGAUUUAGAAAAUAUUGUGCUGCAAUUAGAUUUGCAUUCUGUACAUCAGCAAACAUUGGCAGAUGCAGAUCUCACAAGUCACAACGGCUUAGAAUCGGCGAUUGCUGCAGGAAAAGCUCUGCAAAAUGCAAUGAACAGUGAAAUACAUCCUGCACUACUCAGGCUGGCUGCAGUUCAAGAACAAAGAAAACGAUUUGAAAAAUAUAAAGUAAAAUUUUCUCAGAGCAUAAGCAGGCACUUAAAUAAUCUUUUCAUACAUUUAGGAAAUGAUAUUGGAGAAAAUUCAGGCGAGGGAACCUUACCUAAGCAUAAGUCUGUACAUAAAGAACUCAUGCAGUAUGCUGAGUUAAUGCAUUGGAGUAAAGUGAUGGAUAAAAAGGCAUAUGUAGCUUUAACUAAAGUAUAUAUUAGCUCACUCAGCAAAUGGUAUGACCGGGAUAUAAAGCAUUUCUUUGAACAAGCAAAACAGAACAUUAUGAGUUGCAAAGACAAGAAAGGAUUUUUUUUUAAUUUAGGAAAAGGUGGUUCAAAAGAAGAUCUAAAUUCAUCAAUGUCAACUAAACUUAAAUUGCAACAGUCUUCAAAACAAACUCAAGUGCCUUAUGGAUUGUUAGGUGUUGAUAGAGAGCAAUGGUCCAGUAAUGUUGAUAGUUAUGAAAGACAGAAAUAUGACACAGUUUUAGAAUCAGUAUUGGCAGAACUUGAACCAGUUUGUCUCAGUGAGCAGCAAUUUUGUGUCUCAUUUUUUCAAUUAGAUAUAAUUAGCCCUUCUUCGAAAAAUACGCAGACUACAUUGGACCAAGAGUUUGCAGAAACUAGUCAUGAUGUGGGAGAUGGCAAAUUGAGUUCAUCAAAUUUAAUACCCAGAAAAACUAUUGAUCGUCAGAUUAAUGAAGAUGUUAGAAAAAUGAUGGGCGAAUUAUUUAUGUGUUUGGAGCCAGAGCUAGUGAGUUUCUUAUCAUGUUAUGAGAAGAAUGAUAGCUUUUCUAGUCUUUAUGUGCUGGUGAGAUUGGGCCAGCAUGUGAUGUCUGCUCAAGACACUGGUUCUUUUCUUAGCAUGACAUUUGCUUCUGCUCUUGUGCAAGUUAAGAGAAGUUUUGAUAGAUUUAUGCAGUCUCAAUUAAAAUCCAUAGAAGAUACAAAAGUAAACAAGAAAACAAAAUGUGGAUUAUUACCAUAUGUAGAAAAUUUUGAGGAAUUUGCUGUUACAGCUGAAUCGAUUUUUCGAGAAUCCGAUAGAAGAGCAGAUUUAGAUAAAUGGUAUACAAAACUUAUUAAAGCAAUGUUUGAGGGAAUAUCCAUACAUGCAAUGGAACAUUCAAAGACUCCUCAUCAAGUUGUAAAAAUGGAAAACUUCCAUCAUCUUUACUCCUUGUUGUCUCAAUUAAAAAUAUCAGUGUUGGAUGGUCUUCGGAAAGAAGCUAAAAUUCGGUAUAAUGAUGCACUUAAAGGAUAUGUGACAAAAUAUUUCGGUCGACCACUGGAAAAGCUCAAUUUUUUCUUUGAUGGUGUGCAAGCAAAAGUUGCUCAAGGUGUAAAGGAAACUGAAAUCAGUUACCAAAUGGCAUUCUCCAAACAAGAAUUACGCAAAGUUAUUAGCCAAUAUCCUGCUAAAGAAGUUAAGAAAGGUUUAGAAAGCCUUUAUAAAACUGUUGAACGUCAUCUUUGCGAAGAAGAAAAUUUGUUGCAGGUAGUGUGGAGGGCUAUGCAAGAAGAAUUCAUUAUUCAGUAUAAGUAUUUAGAAGAGUACAUACAACGUUGUUACCCAGGAUCUGUAAUGGCUUUAGAUUUUUCGAUUACUGAUAUUCUUAGCUUUUUUUCUGAAAUAGCAAUAUCACAUUAAUAUUAUAAAUAUUAAUGAUUGUUAUAUAAUUUUUAUAUGAUAGCUCAUUUAUAUGAAAUGAUUGAACUUAUUGAACUAUUUAAAGUAUUGUUUGUAUGCAUAAUACAUCUCCUGCGGUUUCCCAUUAUACCGGGUAUUCCAGAACUCAAUGUCAAACCGAAAUGCUGUAAUAGUAUUGAUCAUUACCUUUUUUUUUUACAGGAUGGCCUUUCAAAGUCGAUCAAUUUUGAACAUUUUAAAUUCAUAGUUUAACAAAAACUGUUAAUUCUUGAAAACUUGGGGCAAUUGUCAUUCUUUUCAACUGUGGU